UGAGGGCUGCCAGGAGGAGAGGGAGGGCUGGCAGCAGGAGGGGGAGCAGGAGCAGCGCCUGGCGCCCUGCGCGCCCACCCCAGGGAGCCCUUGGCUCUGACACCGAAACAACCUCGGAGCGCACUCCUUCUUGGCCAACCCUCCUGCCAGGAGUCUCCGUCAGACUCAUGUCACAGAAGCCGGUUGGCGGCCCCCCAGGCGAAGAGGAAGUUGACUGGUGCUUGUAUCAGCUCAAUGGGACAACGGAGUUUGAAGUCUCCGAAGCUGACAUUAUUUCUACAGUCGAGUUCAACCACACGGGAGAACUGCUGGCCACUGGGGACAAGGGGGGCCGGGUUGUUAUAUUCCAAAGGGAACCAGAGAGUAAGAAUGAGCCUCACAGCCAGGGCGAGUACAAUGUUUACAGCACUUUCCAGAGCCAUGAGCCGGAGUUUGACUAUCUGAAGAGCUUGGAGAUAGAAGAGAAAAUUAACAAGAUUAAAUGGCUUCCCCAGCAGAAUGCAGCCCAUUCUCUCUUGUCCACAAAUGAUAAAACUAUCAAAUUAUGGAAGGUUACUGAACGUGAUAAGAGGCCUGAGGGAUAUAACUUAAAAGAUGAAGAAGGAAAACUCAAAGACCUGUCUACAGUGACAUCACUACAGGUGCCUGUGCUGAAGCCCAUGGAUCUGAUGGUGGAGGUCAGCCCCCGGAGAAUCUUUGCCAAUGGUCAUACUUAUCACAUCAACUCCAUUUCCGUCAAUAGCGAUUGUGAGACUUACAUGUCUGCAGAUGACCUCCGAAUUAACCUCUGGCACUUAGCAAUCACGGAUAGGAGCUUCAACAUUGUCGACAUCAAGCCAGCCAACAUGGAGGACCUGACUGAAGUGAUCACGGCCUCAGAGUUCCAUCCCAACCACUGUAACCUCUUCGUCUACAGCAGCAGUAAAGGAUCCCUGAGAUUGUGCGACAUGAGAGCGUCAGCCCUCUGUGACAAGCACUCCAAGCUUUUCGAAGAACCCGAAGACCCCAGUAACAGAUCCUUCUUCUCUGAAAUCAUCUCCUCGGUGUCAGACGUUAAAUUCAGCCACAGUGGCAGGUUCAUGCUCACCAGGGAUUACCUCACGGUCAAAGUUUGGGAUCUGAAUAUGGAAACAAAGCCUAUAGAAACAUACCAGGUUCACGAUUACCUUAGGAGCAAGCUGUGUUCCCUGUAUGAAAAUGACUGCAUUUUUGACAAGUUUGAAUGUGCCUGGAACGGAUCUGACAGUGUCAUCAUGACCGGUGCCUACAAUAACUUCUUCAGAAUGUUUGACCGGAACACCAAGCGUGAUGUCACCCUGGAGGCCUCCAGGGAGAGCAGCAAGCCCAGGGCCAUCCUCAAGCCCCGCCGCGUCUGCGUGGGUGGCAAGCGCCGGAAAGAUGACAUCAGCGUGGACAGCUUGGACUUUACCAAGAAGAUACUUCACACGGCCUGGCAUCCCGCCGAGAACAUCAUUGCCAUCGCAGCGACAAACAAUCUUUACAUAUUCCAGGAUAAAGUGAACUCAGAGAUGCACUAGGUUUAUCAGUAAUCCUCUGUAUUUAUCAACCAGCCUUUUGCAGAUUGUACAAGAACGUCAGAGAGAGAAACAGAGCAAAAGAAAAGUGGUUGUGAUGGUGGCAUUUGUCCUUCUCUGUCCCAGCUGCCCACCGCCACCUCACCCUCCCAACCCCCCAGAAUUCCCCAAGAUGAUGCUGAUGCUGAUGGCCAUUUAAUAAAGCAGAAACCCAGAAUUCACUGUAACUAAGGGGCAAAAGGUACUCCAGCAAGGUGAUAGGCUUGUCAGUUUUUUUAACAGAUAGGGUCCAUUAUACACUCUCUUCCUAGGUCUUUAGUGUUUACCACAUUAUUAGAGCUUUUUUACAUCCACAAGUUAAGUUUCCACUUCAAGCUUCUCUCAGCAUUUUGGUUCCUAUACAGACUUAGCAUGAGGGAUGGAGAAACCUUGCUCCAUCACUAUGGCUCUGGAGACAGCUGGUGAACCCGAGACCAGCUCUUAUGGUUGGCCUGGAAAGAACCCAGGUUCAAACGCUGGCCUUGCUAUUUAUUCACUAUAUGAUCUUGGGCAAGUCACUUCUCUCUUUUUUUUUGGGGGGGGGAGCUCAGUUUCUUCCUCUAUAAAAUGGGAGGAAGUUUGACUGAAUGAUCUCUAAGGUCCUUUCCAGGUCUCAUUGUUUUAGGACUAACAUUCACUCUCUCUUUUUCUCCCACCCACCUCCCUCACGUCAAAAAGCAACUCUGCAAACAUGUUUGCCAAGUUCAUUCAGUUUUACUUUCCCCGCCUUAAAUAAUCCAGGUUUAUUUCAGUUUUUGGAGGGAAAAAAUGGUGAUUUGUGAUUGCUAGUGGUCCUUGAGACCUGACUUUAAGGUGACUUUUUCAUCUCUGUAGAACAUUUUUAUGCAUCCUGUGAGAGACAGAAGCAAAUUCAAUUUGACUUAUGUCAUACAGAUCUCAGAAGGUGGCCUGUUAAAAGCAUUGUCUUCCACGGCUGGUACAAGGAGUGGUAGAAAGAACCCUGGAUGGGGAGAGAGAUGACCUGGGUUAGAUACUACCUCUGCUGUAUGUUAUCUUGGGCAAGUCAUUCCAUGUCCCUGAGCCUUAGUUUCCUGAGUGUGCAAAAUGAUGUAGUUAGACAUGAUGCACCCUAGGGCCUCUUCCUUCUCUAAAUGGGAUCAUAAGGUUUUAGGACUGGAAGGGUUCUUAAGGGUCAUCUAGUUUCCAUUUUCCAGAUGAAGAAAAUUAGGCCCAAGGAAGAAAAAUAACUUGCUCGAUGAGGCCAAUUGCAGGUAGUCCAUGGCAGAGCUGGCAUUCUCACUGAGGUCCUCUGUCUCCGCAGCCAGUGCUUGCUCAUUGCCCCCACACCACGCUGCCUACGAUCCCAAGUUUGCUCUGCCAUUUUUAAAGGUUAUGAGCUUUGCCCUCUAUGUGCAUGUGCCGCUCAUUACCCAGUGGCUCAUGUCCUUGGAUGAUUGAACUGCCUCUAAAAAUUAAAAUUUAAAAAAAAAGGCCCAUUAAAAAAAAAAUCUAUUUUUGGGGGGGAGGGGAAUAAUUAACACAGCUAGGCCAAGAAAACAAAUGGCAAAUUUGUUCUUUAAGAGUAUUUUACUGCACAUAUGGAGUUGAGAGCUCUAACUCUCCCAAAGUCAGCAAACACAUUUGCAAACUGUGGCUGAGACAGAUCACUGAUUUCAUGAGCCCAUCUGUGUCUUAAAGCAAAACUCAUCAGUCCCUUGAGAAAGUCCACAUUCACCAUUCCCCCAUCAGCAAACAGAAGGUGAAGUGAUCCUGUGGCAUUUUGUAUUUUGAUUUAGAAAGCAGAGAAACAUGACCACGGCUUACACAGAUUACAAACAGGAUCCAACUUUUUUUAUAAUGAUGUCUUGAUAUGACCCAGGAAAUAUUGUCCAACUGAAGUUUUCUCGACCAAUAACUAUUUUUGUGUAUUUCAAAGCACAAACGCAUGUGCACCCACUUCCAGCCAUACUAUACAGACACUAUGAAAUGUGUACGUUACUUUUUUUUUUAGAAUCAAAGGGAAUGAGGAAUGUUUGUUUAUAAAUCACUGUAUACUCUAAAUGACUUGGACAGUAUUAUAUGUACAUAUUCUAAUUAAAUUUAACAAUCAGAGGGUCGGUUUGGGGUUGGUUUUGUUUUGGUUUGGUUUUCCUUGUAAAAAGGUUUAAGAAUGUGGUAAAUUGUAUAGAAAUCUCAUUAGAUUCAAACUAAAGCUUUGAGGGCCUCACACAAUUAUUUGGACAUUUUUCCAUUUACCCAUUUCCCCCUUUUGGCUCAAAUAGCUAACAGCUUUUACUUGCAUUUACUAAAAAUACUGUCAAACCAUAUAUUUAACUUUCAACAUCUUCAAAGUAUGAGUCUAUAGAUAAGGUAUUAUAAAGCAGGUCUUAACACAACAGUUAUCAUUUGGAUUUCUUGUACCUUAAUUCCCUUUUUUAAAAUUUAGGUACAAAAAAAGCUCUUCUUUGAAGGAAAAUGUGUCUCUGGAACUCUGGGAAAUUCCUGAUUUCCAGACAGAAGCAUGCUCUCAUCAUGAGUCAAGUGCAGAAAGUGUUAUAGGAGGGAAAAGAACUAGAGAAAAAAAAAAACAUUAAGGACCAGUAUGUUAUUCAUAAACUUUGCAUUCUUACUGUGAUUCAAUUUUCUGGUCUUCUUGAGUGUAUGAGAGGUAACAUUGUCAUUGUGAGGGUUUUUUUGUUUAUUUUCUGGUUGGGUUUUUUUUUCCAUUUUGUUUUUUAACAACUUUCUUUGGGGAUUAAGCUUUCGGUGGUGUAGAGUAAGUGGUGGUCAAGUUGGUCAAGCUGAUUGGAAAGCUGUAGUUCAUGGCUGCAUUCUUUCUUUGUGUUUCACAGACUAGCUAACUGUUGUUGGAUAAAAAUAUAAAUAUGUUAAUACCAGCUUUUUCCAAUAAAAGGACAACAAAAAUGACAGACA